CUGACGGCAAUGACAUACACAACGCAACGCAACGGCAACGCAACGGCGAUCUACGGCCAAUGCAAUACGCACUGGCACCCAACACGACACGACGUCUUCACUUCUCCAUCCGUGAUCCGCAAUCUGUCCGCGCGCGCGGAGUCUAGUGCAGUCUAGUGACGUCUAGUGCAGUCCAGUGACGUCGGGAAGAACGAAGGGGGUGGAAGGGAGGACGUGGUGGUAAGAUCAGGUGAAAUCUAUUCACUAUUGAGUUGCAGUUGAUGAAUCGGGACGCUUGAGUGGGUUUCGCAUUCGGGGGAAGAAAAAAACAAACGGGCCGACAUAAUUAAUCACCGGUUAAUCACCGUCGAGAUGGCUGACAACGAGCAGAAGGCCUUACAACUGGUGGCGGAGGCCGAGAGGAAGCUGUCGUCAUCGAAGGGCUUCUUCGGCGCUCUGUUUGGGAGUUCAUCGAAAGUUGAGGAAGCAAUAGAAUGUUACCAACGGGCAGCGAACAUGUUCAAGAUGGCAAAGAAGUGGAAUUCAGCAGGCAAGGCGUUUUAUGAUGCAGCAGAUUUACAUUCGAAGGCGGGUAGCCGUCAUGAUGCCGCUAAUAAUUAUGUAGACGCUGCCAAUUGCUUCAAAAAAUCUGAUACAAAUGAGGCAAUCAGUUGUCUGUUGAAAGCCAUCGAGAUUUAUACCGACAUGGGCCGUUUUACGAUGGCAGCUAAACAUCAUCAAAGUAUAGCCGAAAUCUACGAAAGCGAAGCGGUUGAUUUGGAGCGCGCGGUACAUCAUUACGAGCAAGCUGCGGAUUAUUUCCGCGGUGAGGAAAGUAACUCUUCUGCAAACAAGUGUCUUUUAAAAGUUGCGCAGUAUGCCGCGCAACUUGAGAAUUACGAUAAAGCCAUUCAGAUUUAUGAGCAGGUCGCUUCUGCAUCAUUAGAAAGUUCUUUACUAAAAUAUAGCGCCAAGGAAUACUUCUUUCGUGCUGCGUUAUGUCACUUGUGCGUGGAUUCGUUAAAUGCUCAACAUGCGAUUGAGCGUUAUCAGGAACAGUAUCCUGCUUUUCAAGAUGCUAGAGAAUAUAAAUUGGUAAAGACAUUGAUAGAGCAUUUGGAGGAUCAAAAUCUAGAAGGUUACACAGAAGCAGUGAAGGAAUACGAUUCAAUUUCAAGAUUGGAUCAGUGGUAUACAACAGUAUUGUUACGUAUAAAAAAGCAAAUUAACGAUAAUCCGGAUCUGCGCUGAUCAGUUGUUUUUUAUUUGUGUUAUUUUUUGGCAACGAUAUUAUUUUCAGACCAUGCGUAUUCGUUAUUGAGCCACGCUCUACUUUCAAUGGAAACUAUAAAGUAGUUUCGUUUUUAUAUCCGGAUAUAUGUAAUCGCUCAUGUUAUAUUGCUCCCUCGUGCUUUCGACAAUUUUUGUUAUUUUAUCUCUUUGUAUAUUUUAAAUCAUUAAGAGUAUCCAUGAAAGCAUGGAGAAUCACGGUAUGCAAGAAUGUGAGAGACGAUUAUUUCGAACGUCGUAAUUUUCGUGAUUAUCUUUUUAUUAAUGAAAUAUGUAUACAGCCUUUACCUUGUUAGGUACAUUGGCGAAUAUUAUAUCGAGAAUAGUUUUUGUUAUAAAAUAAUAGCCUAGAAAAUCUUUACUUGUGUACUUUAUACAUCCUGUUUUCUUUAAAAAAAAAAAAUCGAUAUUUUUACUAUGAAUUGCAAGAUUAUUACAGACUUUGGAUUUAAAACCUAACAGAAUAACAGACUACAAAGAACGUACUGAAUUGAUAAAUUUCUUUUUUUUUCCCGCCCAUCGUAAUUUUAACAAAUGUUUUUUUCCAAUUAUAUUUUCCUCUCUAAUUUAAGAGUAGGAGGAACAAUUCUUAUACAUUAUUUGAAUGUAUGUGAUCCGUAUUUAUUGAACAAACCUUUUUUUGUUUCUUUUUUUUUUUUAAAUUUAAUACGACUUUUAAUACGGUUUCAUUUUUUUUUUCUUUUCGAUAUUUUACAGCGAAGAAAUUACGAUCAAAUAUGACCGUCAUCAUUUGUCACUCUUGCACUGCCAAAGUAUUUAGAUAACAAGAUAAUGUACGUCUAAUUGGUAUAAUUCAUCAUUUUCUCUUAGUUCUCUCCUUCUACCUCUGGCCUUUUCUGUCUUGCAUUUGUCUGAUUUAGAAAUACGGCUACUACUUGUAUAGGUUUACAGCUUUAAGUCGAGCGAUAUUAUUAACGUAACAUGCUACAUAUUCCUUCCUAAUAUCGAACUAAAAAAACACGAUAUAUUACACAAUGUUUUCCGCAAUAAUAGUAGUGUGGUAUCUGUAAUCUAAUUAGUACUUAUUGCCUACGGAUAAGCGUACUCUUACAGGAAAAAAGAAAAAAAUAAACGGAUAGGGAACACGAUCGCGAAGUGCAUUUACAGUUAGAAUAUCAUAAUUAUUGAUUAUAUUAGAAUUUGAGUGCAUACAGAUCUUUCUACAUUUUUUUCACGUUACUUGUUGAUGUUACCAUAAUUCGUUUCUGUGAUGUAUUAGUUUAUAAUCGAUACAAUUGGUAAUUUUACAGUAUAUUAUCACGAAUGUCGUUUUAUUUCACUUCGACACUUUAGGAAAUGUAGUACAUUAAUGUUAAUUGCAAAAAUCUUGGAUAUAUUAUUGGCAUAACUCUAGGAGGUACAUAUGCCUAAGCAUAGGAUUUAGCAGAUAUUUGGAUAUUGAUUUAACAACGGUCGCGUUAAGAAUCGCAUUUUAUAUAAGAGCAUCGUAUAUAAUAUAAUAUAUAUAUUGAUAUACGAUAUUUCAAUGACACGAUACGCAAUUCUGCUGUUAACUAGGAAUUAGAAAGAAUUAUCUGCAUGCACGCGAUUAACGGAACAUGCACUUAGUAUAAGCAUAUGUAUACUUAUUUGAAAAAGAAGAAGAAAUGAGGACACACGUAUAAUAAAACUUUUAAACUCUACACAUCUAGUGUGCAUUGCUUUCCGGAAGAAACGCGGUGGAAGCCAGGCGAUAUAUCCGGGAGUUUUUGUUCAAUUCUAAUGUGAAAACCUACAUGAUGGAAGGAGAUGACUUGUCUUACGACGUUUUGCAAUGUUGCUCGCACUAUCAUUGCCAUAAUCUACUUUGUCUAAUUUACAGCUGUUAAUGCAAUUUACAUUCCACUUUUUAUCUAAUGUCGCAUGUUGCUUAGCCAGAGUGUAAACGGCAAUGCACAUUAAUUAUUUUGUAUUUUUUCUUGCAAUCUUGCGCGAGACGAGCCUGUAAAUAACAAAGAUCGCGUCGACGACGUAGUUUGCAUCUACGUUUAUCUCCUGUCAUUAUUUUCUAUACAGUUAAUUUAAUAAUAUAUGCUACCAUACGUAUCUUUAGGAAGGCAUCGUACACAUUUAUUUAUAGUCUGUUUCUUUGGAAUAACGAGUUGUUGUAUAAAGCCAAAAAGCUAAAAUGCCAUGGUUUUUUGUGUAAAUGUAAUGAUGCUUGAUUUACAUUGAUUUUUACGUAUUAAUAGAUC